AGAGAAACGAAUUUGGUUUGUUUUUGGGAUUCUAAAAACUCAAAUUUUCUUCUUUCCUCUUUUUUUUUCUUUCUGUUGUCUUGUAUUCCGAAAGCUGAAUUGAGUUGGGUGAAGCAAUUCUCAGGAUGGGAAGAGGAAAGAUAGAGAUCAAGAGGAUAGAGAACUCAACAAAUCGACAAGUGACGUUCUGCAAAAGAAGAAAUGGACUCCUGAAGAAGGCUUAUGAGCUUUCAGUCCUCUGUGAUGCAGAGGUUGCCCUCAUUGUCUUCUCAACUCGUGGUCGUCUCUAUGAGUAUGCCAAUAACAACAUAAGAUCAACCAUUGAGAGGUACAAGAAGGCUUCUGAUAACACCAACACUCACUCUGUCCAAGAGAUUAAUGCAGCGUACUAUCAACAAGAAUCUGCAAAGCUGAGGCAACAGAUUCAAACGAUUCAAAAUUCCAACAGGCAUCUGAUGGGAGACUCUUUGAGUGCCUUAAGUGUCAAGGAACUAAAACAGGUUGAGAAUCGCCUUGAGAAAGCCAUCUCUAGAAUCAGGUCCAAGAAGCAUGAGUUGCUUCUAGCUGAAAUCGAGAACCUGCAGAAAAGGGAGAUUGAGCUUGAUAACGAGAGUAUCUAUCUCCGAACCAAGAUAGCAGAAGUGGAGAGGUUUCAGCAGCACCAUCAUCAAAUGGUUACUGGUACAGAGAUGGCAGCGAUCGAGGUCUUAGCCUCUCGCAAUUACUUUGCUCAUGGCAUUAUGGCUACUGGUUCUGGUUCUGGAGCUGGCCAUGGAUGUUCUUACUCUGACCCCGACAAGAAAAUUCAUCUUGGAUAAUCUCUUGGUGGGAGAAACAAAAAAAAAAGCUGCAAUAAUGGCUAUAUGAAGCUCUCUACAUAAACUAUGUUUGCUGUUAUUAAGUAAUUCAAAGAACAGUGAAGGUAUUAAUCCUUCAAGACUCGUUGGAAACUUGUGUUUGUGUAAUAAUGAAGACAUGCUUUGGUUUUA